AUGGCAUGCAUGCCGUGCAUGUCGCACGGACGUUCACAAAUGACGGCGUACCGUGCAGCUGCACAAAUUCUUGAGCAUGGUACCUUCCCGUUUCAAUCAAGUGGUCGUCUCCAUCGAGAUGUUCUGCGAUGUGAAGAAGAUGACGGUGGACGAGCUAGUGGGCGUCUACGGGCGGCGGAGGACCGACUCGACAAGAAGGUCGAGCAGAUCAUCGACAAGGCGGGACGCCUUCUACUCACGGAAGAGGACUGGCUUGAGAAACACAAGCACCGUUUCCAUGCCGGCUCGAAGGAUCGAGGCGGCGGUGCUAGUGCUGGCCACUCGAAGGGGAAGGCAGCGGCGUGCUCAGAUGGCGGCACCUCGGGAGCAGUCAAACUGACCUCUGAGGGCACGCCAAGGCGGAAGGGGUGCUGCCAUAAUUGUGGCAUAUACGGGCACUGGGCGCAAGAUUGCAAGCGUCCCAAGAAGGAGAAGAAGGAGGCACGGCAGCCAGAGGCAAAUGUGGUGGUGGGUGGCGCGGAGCAAUCGGCGUUGAUCCCUAUUGAUGUUCCUGAUGGCGUGUGGGUGCUGGACACCGAUGCCAGCAAUCAUAUGAUGGGGACACGCACGACGCUGACUCAACUGGAUGAAGGAGUGCGCGGCACCGUGCGCUUUGGCGACGGCUCGCGCGUUGAGAUCCAUGGAGCUGGAUCAGUGGUGAUGCAAGGUCAUCAUCAACAACAUAAGGUACUAACUGACGUCUACUACAUCCCUAAACUCAAGAGCAACAUUGUUAGUUUGGGUCAGUUAGAAGAAAAGGGUUCAAGAUAUAUGUGGGUGGAGAUGUUGAAAUCAAAGGACCAGGCUUUAGAUUACUUCAAGAAAGUCAAAACUAGAGCUGAAGUUGAGUCUGAAACUAAGCUAAAGGCUCUGAGAACAGGAAUCAAACACUACACUACUACUCCUUACUCUCCCCAGCAAAAUGGGGUAGUGGAGCGUCAAAACCAAACAGUGGUGGAGAUGUCAAGGUGUAUGCUGAAGGCAAUGAAGGUUCUUACAAAAUUUUGGGGUGAAGCAGUUUUGACUGUUGUUUAUGUUCUCAAUAGGUCACCUAUAAAGAGCCUAUCUGGAAAAACCCCUUUUAAAGCUUGGCACAAGAAGAAACCAAAUGUUAGUCAUCUGAGAACUUUUGGCUGUGUGGCUCAUGAAAAACACAAUGGUCCUGGUCUGAGUAAGCUGGCAGAUAGAUCAUCAAAAAUGGUUUUCAUUGGCUAUGAAUCAGGCACAAAAGGAUACAGGAUUUAUGAUCCAUCUACUGGUUGUCUAGUGGUCAGUAGGGAUGUGAUUUUUGAAGAACAUCUAGCCUGGGAUUGGACCAGUGCAGCCAGCAGCUCAGUUAGUUCAGUGGAAGAGACUGAAACAUUCAUUGUGCAUUAUCGGAGUACUGUAGCAGAACCGACAACAGAGCAAACUGCAGAGUUUCCUGCAGUACAAGAAGAGGGGGGAGUUGUCAAUGAUCAAGGGGGUGUUGUGGGUCCUAAUGAAGCAACACCUAGUCCCUCAAACAGUCCAGGCUCCAGCCAGGCACCUACUGUGGUGUGGGCAAUCCACCAAGUCAACACUCUGAAAACACUAAUGGAGGACCACUGA